AUGUCUUUCGCAGAAAAAUCUACAGCCCUUCAAAACGUCAUGAAAAAUCUCGAUAUAGGAGAUGCCUGUGUCUUGAGAAAAGCCUUUACCUACAGCUCGAUACUCAAACAGUGCUACGAGUCGCGAGCUGAUCCCGUUGGGUAUUUGUCGCGAACGUUCCGGUACCCAUUGACAUUAUUGUCCGCCAUGUUUGAUUCGGGCUGUGUUAUCACCGGUCCGCGCGCUUUGGGGUUCUUUCUCCCGUCGUCAACAAGUGAAGACUCCGUAUGGACUUUCUUCGUUCCCGGAUACAAGGAAUCAGUUUUAGACAUGGUCAAUGUGUUGGAAAUUUGCGGGGUCUCGUGGCAGCUUGAUGCAGCUGAAGUGGCAAGAUCGCUUCGCCCACUUGGAACGGCCUCCAUCUCAAGUGCGGAUCUCGAGUGUCUCAACUCAAGGGCAGAAUCCCUUGAACCAGCUGCAGCGGAAAAUUUGCUCGGAACAGCGCUCUACGGCAGAUUCAAGGCAUACAAGGAGAUGAACUGCGGCAACAGGCUCAAUUCGGACGCCUGCCAGUUAUCUGAUCUGGAAAAGCCGACCUUGGGCGUUGCUUCAGAAGAGUCAGCUUUUCCGCCUAGUCAGGACACAAGCAGCGCGAGAGAAGCACUCAAUGUUCUUCAAGGAUACAUACAAACCAGCUCAGGGUCUCAGGGCGUCGAACUAAUUAUCGGAUGUUCUUAUUCAGGCAUCAACAGCUGCAUGAGCUUUAUCAAAGGCUUUUACGCCAGCCAUGUCCAGUGCUUCAUCAGUGGAUGGUGCGCGGGCCACAUGUACUACACCCAGUGUAAGGACAAACACUCAUCUAUGUGGAGACCAUGGCCGGGCCAGAAAUACAGGAACGCCCACCUUGAUGUGAAGAAAUACAGACAUCGAGGGUUUACUUUCCAUCGGGCCAAACGCGGAGGGCCGGUUACGCGAUCACUCAGAGACUCCCAGUCCUUCCUGCUUGAUUAUGGGGCCCUGUAUCGGUCCUUCAUUCGGCCAUCGCACCACGCACUGCUUGACGCCUGGCUGGCAGAAAGACGAGAUAAUAUGGAUGGAAUAACCUGGACAGAAUUUGACGGUCGCAUUUUCUCAGUACAUGAUACAUUCGAGUCUUGUUAUCGACAGUCCAGAAUGACAUUCGCCUCUCAUAGCGUAGAUCUUCCGCUAAACAGGCUCCGGCGCCUUAGCAACCUCGUUGCGUUGAACUUGACGGAGCCGGAUGCGCUGAGAGCCGAGUCGUUCCGGAGCUCGAUUGGUCCGCCUGCAGUUGGUCAGAAAUGGCAACUUGGCGCUCUGGCUCGAACUGGAAAGGUGUUUAACAACCUUCGCGACGCCACACCCUGGUCCUGGGCCUUGUAA